UAUGUUUACAUUAAAUGACAUCCUUAAGCCAACUUUACUAAUAUUGAUCGCUAUUUUCGUGUUAUACAUCUAUAAUCAUCUUGUUGUUAAAGAUUUGAAGCUUUGCUGCGAUAAUACAGCAGAGAAUUAUUCUCAUUAUGAUUUGGUCGUUGGAAUACUUUCAUCGCGCGGCAACUUUGAUUUGAGGCAAAGUUUACGUGAAUCAUGGGUUGGCUAUGCAAGACGACAUUCAUCUCUAAAUAAAAGAGUGUUGGUGAAGUUCAUCGUUUCAAAUAAUGCAUGUUACGUUCCUCCAGAGUUCAGGAUUGAUCCUUACAAAUGCGAAAGAAAGAAAAUCGAAUCUCCAAACUACGAAAAUGAAGUAAUUGCUUACAAACGACCAAAUGAAGAAAAUUUGAGAUAUUUUCACAGUGGAUCUAUCGGAUGGGACUUUGAUAUCAUCCGUCCCAUUAUUUUGACUCGUCUUGGCAUCUCUUUAUCAUCGUUGAAUUCAAAAAGAAACUCUUCUGUUCGACUCUACGACAGAACAACUAAGAGCGAAAUUAUAUCUGUUUAUUUCUCUUUCCAAGACCCUGGUACAACAGAAAACGGUUCGUCGUUUAAAGCAAUUGAAAACUUUAUUUUGCCAAAGGACUUCAAGGGCAGCGUCGUGUCUGAAAACGUAAAAUGUUCAAGUUCUCGAUGCAGAAAAUGCGAGUAUUUUGCCAACAUUGAAAACGGAGAGGAUUAUUUCAAUGUACACAAGAUAAGACGGAUUAACAACGAGUUCGCCGUCUUUCCCGAAGUCGAGGAAUCAAUUCCUGAUGCUAGAUGCGUGGAUGGGGCUGGAACGUUCAUGUAUCGACUUUACAAUUCUCCGGGGAAGAGAGUCGUGACAAAAGAGGAAGAAGAAACUCGAAUGUCGGAGUGGCAGCGAUUGAAAGACGAUGAGAAUGAACGUUUACUUAAAGAAAGCAGAACUAUUUCUGAUAUUCUUUUGUUUCAAAUGUCGAUGUUUACAGAAAUCUUCCAUCCCAGUUGCUUCAGUUUUUCUCGUGGUAAGAGAGUGUCUGAGACUUUUAUAUUUUUCAUGCCACUGUGA